AUGGAAGAUAAAUGUUGUUUUUCUGGCUGUCUUGACAAACCUCAAUAUGUUUGUUCAUGUGACAGAACAAAAUUGUAUUGUCAAAAUCACAGCAUAUACCAUGAUAAUAAUCCAUCCCUUCAUCAUGAUUGAGGAGAAUUAAAUAAACGAAUCAACGAUACGACCAGAAGUGAAGUGCUCUCUUUUUUAAUAGAAAAGGAUGCCCAGCUCAAUGAAAUUAAAAGCAGCAUUUUAAACCAAGGGCGUAUCGAUAUGAUUAUAAGUAAGAAAAUGCUGAGUGAAGAUCUUUUAUUAGUAGAAGCCGAAAAACAUAAAGUAUCAGGCUUAAUAGAAAAAAUUAUUUUGGCAAAAGAAACUUUAGAAUCCGAUCCUGAACUCAUGUAUUUAUCAAUGAGCUCUGAAGAUGCCAUUAGAAAAUUUAAAGAGUGUGCCCUUGAUAUCGAAAAAUUAAAACAAAAAAUUGAGCAAAAUAAAGAAACUAUUGAAAGCUUCAUUAAGCAAAAUAAAGAAACUACUGAAAGCCUAAUUAAGCAAAAUAAAGAAACUAUUGAAAGCCUCAUUGAGCAAAAUAAAAAAACUACUAAAAGACUCUUUGAGCAAAAUAACCAAGAACUUAAUAAUCAUAUAUCUUUGUACCUGAAACAAAAAGAAGAGCAAGACACAAAAAUAAAUAAAAUUUUACAGCUUGUAGAAGAUGUAUCAAAAAACAAUAAUAACGGAAUCAUAAAUGAAAUAGAUGAACUUAAAAAGAAAAUCGCAUCAAUUGACGGAAACAUAAGAGAAAGAGAUGAGCUUAAAAAGAAAAUAGCAUUCAUUGACAAGAUUAAUGAUAGUCUGCUUGAUGAUAACCAAGAAAUAAAUAAGCAAAUAAUUGAUAUUUGCAAGAGCUGCGAAAUACAGAAAACUGAAAUUAAUAAUUGUCAAAAAGCUAUUGAGGAAUUACAAAAAUAUUCCUUAAAUUCAAAUGAAAGAAUAAGCACUUUAGAAUAUUACAAUUUAAAUAGCUUUAGUCCAUUUAGAGAGCCCAAUAAUAUGCCUCAAGGAGGUAGUGUAGAAGCGAUAAGUAGAAGUGAACUUGAAGAGGCUAUAAAUAUUAUGAAUAAAAAAAUUUAUGAUUCAGAUAAGUUAUCAUGGAGCAAUAUUAAACCUUGGUGAGAUGAACAAAUAAAAGAAAUGCAUGAUAAAAUUUCAGAUAUCAAAAAAAUUGUGGAUGAUAGCAAAGAAAAUUUUAUGCGCAGAAUUGGAGAAAUUAAGUUAGACAUAAAUGAAUUAAAAUCAAAAUUAGAUGAAAAGUCAGAUCUCACCAAAAAAAUUUAUGAAGAAAAAAGCAAAAACUCAUGAAAGAUAUCAGAAUUUGAGAAUGAAAUUAAAAAAAUUAAAACCGAUUUAAGUAGCACUACAUUGCCUCUGAAUCGAAGUAUUACUAUUGAAAAUGCACAUUCAAUAAACCGUGAAAAUAGGUCUCUACCAAACCUAAAAGAGCUAAAUAAAUAUUUGAAUCUCUGAAAAAAGAAGGAACACUGAUUAGAAUUAUAUACAUCAGAAAUAAGCAAAAAUGCGAAAAUUAAGAAGGAUAUGGAAAAUUUAAAGACCCGCAUAACAGUAUUUUUGCAAGAAUAUACAUUCCUGCCAAUGUCAAUUUACGAUGAUGUUUCAGAAAUUGAAGAAAAAAUAAAACAUUAUAACGAUUUUAAAGUAGCUUUGCAAAGCUCAUAUGAACAUAUUAGUCUUGAUUAUCAUGAAGGAAGUGAGCUCUAUGAACUAUUAAAGGAGUGCGAAGACCUUCAGAAUUGCCAAUUAAGCUACGCUAAGAGCUAUUCGCUAUGAAAAGGUAUUGAGCAAAUAAUAGAUGAUGGUAUUAACAAUUUCAAGGAAUUUGUAAGGGAGCACAAAAAUAAACUGGAACUAUAUAAAGGUGAAACCAUAUUCUGCUUGCCCUCUACUGCUGAAAACAGAGUAGAAUUAAUUUCCUAUAAUAUUGAGUCUAGAAAUCGAGCUAAAGUCCCCACUGAAGGCUACUCUUUCCCAUCUAAUACAUCCAUCAUUCAAAUUCCAGGAAAACAGCUAUUUUUUUUUGGUUUCAAAUUCCCUAAUUCCCAACUUUGCUGUAUAAUUCGAAAUAAUUUCGAAAUCGUAGAACUCAAUUAUUCAGAAAUAUCUCGUGAAGAAUCAAGCUGCAUUUACUACGGAGAAAAUUGUAUUUAUAUAUUUGGGGGAAGCGAUAUUAACGGAUUACCGGUAGCUGUCGCUGAACUCUUCGAUCUUGCUAAUGAAAAUGAAGAGUAUUAUCGUCUUCCUGACAUGGUAGUGCCAGCUAGAAGAUGCUCUUGUCUUCGAUAUAAAGAUGAAAUUUUGAUCUGUGGGUAUGAGCAUGAUAAAAUUUAUGGAUUUUCGGUGCAAAAAAAAACAUAUUAUCCUUUAAAUAAAGCAGAGCAAUUAAGUGCAAAUAGUGAUAAGUUUUUAUUUUCAGGAAAAAAUAAAGUUUUUAUAUAUGACAUGAAGGUUGGAUCAAUAUUUAUAGUAGAUACAUAUCAUCGUGAUUUAGUUCCUAUUGCUCAGAACUAUGCUCUUAAUUUCCAAAGUCAGCCUUAUAGAACUUAUUAUAAAAAUUCAAUUUACUUUGGCUUUUCUGGUGAAGACGAAGCCCAGUAUUUCAAAUUUAAUUUGGAUCCAUAUGGCCUAGAACAACUCUAA